AUGGGUUCGUCACAGUCGACUGCUAAAGUAAGUGAAACUAACAUAGUUUGUAGUCGAGAUUCUGCUGAUUUUAGGUCCAGGAAGCCAACAGUGAAGCGGAAAGGAUUCGUAGGGCACAACACAGUAUUGCGGCUGCUGGAGGAGGAUCCGAAUGCCCAUUGACUGCUGAACAGAAGGCCGCUGCUGCCGCUGACGGAUGCGGUGGAGGUUGCCCUGUCGGAGCCGACAAAGCUUCCAUCAACCCACUAAACAAUGUGAGUCUGUCUUUGAAAUAAUAUUUAAAAACAGAAGAAAAGAUUGUAGGAGCUCGAGCAUCCGAACCAGAAACCAGCUCCGGAUCAACCGUUUGCUCUGCCCACCAAACGAGAGAAAUCGACGAUCCCAAAGGCUGGAACUGGAUCUGAGACUUGGACAUAUCCCAGUCCGCAGAUGUUCUGGAACGCCAUGCUCAAGUGAGUUCUUAUUUUCAAAGUGUUCACGUAGAAACAGUUUAUUCUAGAAAAGGAUGGAGAUGGCAAGACGACUCGCUGUCUCAGAAAGACAUGGAAAACAUCAUCAGCAUUCACAAUGCUAACAACGAAGAGGCUUGGAAGGAAGUGCUCAAGUGGGAGAACCUUCUUCAUCCGUAAGUACUUCUCUGUUUCAUUUUUUUAUUGAAAUAAUACAUUUGUAGAGAAUGCGCGGAACCUAAACUGAAAAGUUUCAAAGGUGACGCCAAAAACAUUUCUCCCAGGGCCAGAUUCCGCAAGCUCUUCCUCGGUUAUGAUCUUCCGUUCGAUCGGCACGACUGGGUUGUUGAUAGAUGUGGAGUGAAACAUGUACAAUACGUCAUCGACUACUAUGAUGGAGGAGCCGUUGACCCGAACUCGAAGCUGUUCACGAUUCUUGACGUGCGGCCGGCGAUGAACGAUGUUGGAAAUAUCUGGGACAGAAUGGUAUGUUUUGCCUCGCGUUUGAAUUCAAAUUCACUUCUUCAGGUGGUUGCAUACUGGCGCUUCAAGUUCGAGACACUCGGAUUCACUCCGAAUCUUCCGAUCCCACCGACUGAGGGACACAACGUCGCUCAUUAA